AAAAGAAGAAGAGGAGUAGUAUGUGCACGCCGCGCUGUCAGUUUCGUGGCGCUGGUAAACACGUCAUCUCUAGUCGGUCGCGCAGCUCGGUCCAUUGAGCCGCGCCGAUGACAGAUUUUUGUAAACUUGUGAAUAUGCCAGAAAACGAUAAGCAAGGUCUCUCUGUGGUCACCUGCACGGCACCGGUAAACAUCGCUGUCAUCAAAUACUGGGGCAAACGUGACGAAGAUCUCAUUCUGCCAAUCAAUUCAUCCCUCAGCGUAACACUGCAUCAGGACCAGCUCAAAACAACCACAACAGUUGCAUGCAGCAGAAAUUUCCAGCAAGACCGCAUCUGGUUAAAUGGCAAGGAAGAGGAUAUCAACAACCCCAGGUUGCAGUCAUGCCUGCAGGAAAUUCGAAGGUUUUCUCGCAAGAGACGAAAUACUGGUGAUUCUACUUCUGAUGCCAGCAGUGUGUCCCAUAAAGUCCAUAUUUGCUCUGUGAAUAAUUUUCCUACUGCUGCUGGCCUGGCAUCCUCUGCAUCAGGCUACGCUUGUCUGGUGUAUACUCUGUCACAGUUGUUCGGUGUGGAGAGCGAGCAGUUGUCUGCAGUGGCACGACAGGGCUCUGGCAGUGCAUGUAGGAGUUUGUACGGUGGCUUUGUCCAGUGGAAAUUGGGAACACAGUUGGAUGGGAAAGACAGUCUCGCUGAACAAGUGGAAUCUGAGUCAUACUGGCCAGAGCUCAGAGUAUUGAUACUAGUGGUGAGUGCUGAGCAGAAGUCUGUUGGGAGCACAUCUGGAAUGCAUACUAGUGUGGAGACAAGCCAACUUCUUAAGUACCGGGCAGAUGUUGUGGUCCCCAGUCGUAUGGAGGAGAUGAUCAGGGUUAUUCGAGAACGAGACUUUCCAGCAUUUGGUGAGCUGACCAUGAAAGACAGUAAUCAGUUUCAUGCCAUCUGUCUGGACACCUACCCACCCAUAUUCUACCUGAACAACAUGUCGCACCGGAUCAUCAGUCUAGUGCACCGCUACAACCAAUACUAUGGAGAGACCAGGGUGGCAUACACCUUUGAUGCUGGUCCUAAUGCAGUUAUUUACACCUUGCAAGACCACUUGCCAGAGUUUGUACAGGUUGUCCGUCAUUUCUUUCCCCCGGAAGUCAAUGGAGAAGAGUUUGUCAAAGGUCUUACUGUUUGUUCAGCUGACCUUUCUGAGGAGCUAAAGAGAGACAUUAAUAUGGAGCCCACACCCAAGGGUAUACGCUAUAUAAUCAGCACUAAGGUAAAACACUGAUUGAGCGAUAACAUGAGGUAUGAGAUGUUCAUUCAUAAUGAAUUGGCUGCCCAAUUCACGUUUAUUUCACAUUAAAACUAGCAGUAAAGAGGAAGAGAUGAUCGCGCUGCCAUUUGAACUGAGGCAUUUAUAAAGUGAUCUGUCGCCACAUCAAAGACCAAACGGUUAUUGUUUGAAAAUUUUUGGUAAAAAAAACGUGUAUCAUUACACCCAUAUAGUCUAUAUAUAAAAGGAAUGAAUAUGCAAAAUAUAUUUGACUUAAAUCAUUAACAGAUUAACGAAAUGAAAAAAAAAAGACUGAGUGACAAGUAUAUGCUGCUGAGUUUGGCACAUUUUUGUGUGGCACAGCGCUCUACAACUAAGUUAAUGGAAAGGAAACCUAGAUGACAGAGAUAAAAGUAAACACAUAGCAGUUUCAAUUGAUCUGUAUUUUAUCAGAAUAAAAUAGUCAACCAACCAAACAUAGGCUACUGGUUAAUUAAAUAGUCUGCGGUACAAUCUGUGCCAUUCAGCCAUUACAUAUUUGUUCUUGUGAAGAGGAGGAUUUUUUUUUCAUGUGUGAAUAAUAUGAUUUAAGAGGAUUAUUUAUUUAUUUAUUUAUUUUGCGGAAAGCAUGUUAAAUACAAAGCCUGGUUUACAUAAUAAUAGUUUAGAAUUCAAAUACAUCGUGAAUAUUGAAACAUUGAAUUGGAUUCGUACUGAAUGUGAAAGGUAGGCUGCUUGAGAACAGCGCCAUUUGCUUACAGUUUCACUUUAUUUUCACAAUUAUUUCUGAAUGUAGUAAUGCGGUUGUGCUUAUCUGUGUUUAACCUAAACUACAACAUAACAUUAAUGUAGAGUACUGGUAUCUAAAUAUGAUUUUAUAAUUUUAUACUAUAGUAGACCUACCACAUCACCCUCCACUGUAUGUAUAAUCAGCAGCAAUAAACUAUAUUUUAGAAUUUUAGAAUGCCUAGUCAUACUUCUGUUUAUAUUUUGGUGACAGUAAAGCAGUGUAACGCAUUACAUUUCAGAGACUGUAAUAUUGUAAUAUUACUGAUUACUUUCAAAAGACAAUAACUAGUAAUAUAUAAUGUAUUACAUGCCUAUUUUGAAUUCUGUAUCAGGAAGCAAUGUUUUAUGUACAAACUGAUUACCAUAAUUCCUGCAUUAUGUAUUUUAGGCUGGUCCUGGGCCAUGUGUGGUGAAGGAUCCAAACCAUCAUCUGUUGGGAGCUGAUGGGCUGCCCAAGAAGAGUGCUAUUUCACAUUAACCCUAAAGAACCAUAUAGAGAAAGAAAAUAGGUUUUGCAUCAAUAAUGAUAGAUACUUUGUAAACAUAUUUCAAUAUAAAUUGUUGUGUAAAGAGUGAAUUUACUAUUAUUAAAAUUACUUAUAUGAUGACAAUUUUUUUAUUUUAUUUUUUUGUCUGAUCUGCAUAAAGAUGUUUUAUUUUUGUUUAUGUUUAGACUCAUAAGAAUUAGUUUUAAAGAAUGGGGGACAUUAACAACAUUUUACAUUUAAGUUAAAAUGAUCCACAAAAACAGCAGUGCAGUUUUUUUUUUUUUUUUAAUCUCCUAUCAAAUAGAUUAACACACAGUACUGUGCAAAAGUCUUAGGCCAUUAGUAUUUUCACCAACAAAAAAACACCCAAACACCCAACUGGUUUUAAGCCUGUUAUUUCUAUCUUUUGCUGUAGUGUGUCAGUAGGAAAUAACAUUCCUUUUGCCAUUAAUUGUAAUAAUCCAGUGAAAUUUUUGUAUGCACAAGAUAUCCACACAGAGGUCUGAUCUCACCAUUGUGGGAUUACAAAUUUAUAAAAUGUUAACUCUAGGUUCCAAUGUAAUAGUAUAUACACUGAAAAAGUUAUGUACAUUGUGUAUUACAUUUUGAGGUAAAAAAAGGAUGACAUUUCUAAAAGAUCAAAUCAGGAAGCCCAGGUGUCUUGCUAAUGACCUUUUGUCUUUAUGCGUUUCCUGACCAUUUGGCUUGUUAAACUCAAGGCACAGCUGUGCCUUUGUGUCUAUGGUAAUGUGAAGGUAAGGUGAUACUGUCAGACUGAGUGGAUUAGCACCUAUGCAUUUGGUGCUGAUGAGAUCAAGGCUGGGAAAAUGCCAGUGUCGGGCUGAUUCCUGUAUUGCAUUUGUAUUUUAUUGUGUAGAUUGUCUCCACCUCUACUGUAUGUAUCCCUCCCCCUUGAAUGUAUAUAAACUCCAAAGUGUCAUUGCUUUGGUUAGACUUUUAAUGACUGCAGCGCCACGUAGCACGUUCUCAAUAAAGAGUCCUGCUGAAGAUUA